AGACGAGGAAGCAGAAUCGAAUGAGUAAGAAGGAAGCAACGCAAGGAAGAUGGCGUUGCAAAAUGUGGCGAGCCGACACGAGGGUUCGACAGGACUUGGCUUUCAGUCGCAGCUCGGCAGUCUGUACGAGACAAUCGAGUUACACUUACUACGCUGUGCAGUUUAUGUAUAUAUCGCGUACGGUAUAUGUAUUAGUGUUCAUAGGCGCAGUCUCCGCGUGUGUACUAGUAACCGAUACGCCGGACGAAUUGACACACGCGCAGCAAUGGCGUACCCCUUUGAAGAAGCCUGAACGUGUUCUCUGUCGUCGAAUAUUCCUUUGUGCCGCUGUGUGUGCUGUGUGUAAGAAAGACAGAUAAUCCGAGUAAAAAAUGGAACAUGUAAGUCCAUGAUAGAUUUGUGAAACGACGUCGGCGUAUUAGGGUGUUUCAGCCUUGCCGAAACGAACGACCGAACGAAACGUUACGCCCAGCCGGAUCACGUCUAAGCCGUAUUACUGAGUCUGAUACACCAUUCGGUUUAGCGUUCUCACGAACGUGGUUUAAAGCUUUAUCAACGAAAACGUGCGAAGAGGAAAUUCAUUAAAGUGAAAAUAUGACAUCAUUUAAAUGGAAACACAAUACACAGAUGUAGCACCCGGAAUGACACAUACAAAACGACUUGUGACAAAGUGAAGUAGAUUAAUCCUAUGUAACAAGAGAUUGCAAGGAAAGGGGAGGAUAAAAUACUCAUUUAUAAAAAAACGGAAUAAUUUGGAGGUAGGGACGAAAGGUCGAAGACAAAUACAUCGAGAAACAAAAGAUUAUAAAAGGGAAAGGUCGAUAUUGCAAGGAAGCCGGUGUCAAACGAGUCAGGGCCGGUAGUGUUUGAAUUUAUAGUCGCUUGUAAGCUCUUUACCUAGGACUCUUUUUCCCUUCCCUCUCUCGAAAUAUGCAAUAAUCGUUUCAUUGCUGUACAUUGCGGGCUUCUGUCUCGAGGGCUUUCCUCGGUGUUGGAUAUAAUAGCUGAUUGGUCCAACCCCUGGAAAAGGCAACCCUCUUUCACUGCGAUGAACCGUAACCAUUCUUUCUCGCCUCGUUUCAAGGUAUGUCUGUAACAGCGAGGAAUGCUAUAAUCAUUAAGACAGUCGCACAGGUAAAUGCGAUUCGAAAGGAGAUAGAAAACAAAGCGAGAAGGGAAGUCUAGGAAAGAAGAGGAGGAAGAAGAAGAAAGAAAAGAAGAGGGUUAGCUGAGGAAAGGAAGGAAAAGAAAAAAGUGCCGGAGGAUCGCGAACUCGCGUCUCCGGCUGUGUAACAAAAGAUCGGGUAAUCUCAACGCUGGGCGAGACGGAGAGCAAAGGAUCGUGGUCGUCAUCGGGGAGAAUAAUCACGAGGAUCCCACGAAAUGAGAGCCUAGCGUUCGAGGUGGGUCGUUGGUCAGCGGGCGUGCAAGAAGGGACGGUUCGGCGACGGAAGCCUGGAUAGUAGGAGGUUUCCAACAUGGCCGCUGCCUGCUACGAAAAGGAAGUGGUGGUAGGUGCCGCUAUGCAUGGACACGGUCAUCACCAUCACCACCACCAUCAUCAUCACCAUCACCAUCACCAUCAUGGAAUCGCCGGCGGGUCUACCGGCGGCGGCGGCGCCGCGGCUGCCACGGCUGCUGCGACGGGCCCAACCGGACAGCAAACCGUCCUACCGGCCGCAUCGACCAGCAUUAUCGACACCACCACCGCCGCUGCUGCUGCUGCUGCUGCCGCUAACGUCGGCUCCAGCACGAAUUCGAACCCGACCGCCGCCACCGCGACCGCGGCGGCUGUUGCGGCCGCGACGGCCGCAGCGACGGCCGCGGCGGCAGCCGCUGCGGUUGCGGUCACCACCUACAAGGACUACAAGGACUACUCGCAACCGCUCCACGUCGAUUGCAGCGUGGAGUAUGAGCUACCCAGCCAGGCAAAACCACCGCCUGGAGGAGGCGAACCCCUUCUUAUGAUACACCCGUGCUACUACCGACGCGCCGAACGCGAGAGGAGAAGUCCUUUUGUCAACAAUCUACCACCGCCAGCGAACGCGCCGAUUUCAUCCUCUAGGCGAAGCAGCAGGCGAAGUGCAUCAGCCGCCGCAGUCGUUGCCAACGCGGCCACAGUCUCCGCGUCGGUGUCCUCCACUGCGUCCGUUGUCGCAUCGUCGUCUACGGUUGUCGCCGUUUCUACUUCGACCGUGUCAUCUUCGAGUUCUGCUGUCGCCGCAGCUGCGGCUGUCUUAUCAGCAACCGCAGCCGUUGUCUCAACAGCCGAUUCCGGAUCAAAUUUAGUUUCUACAACCGGUCAAAUGUCCGCCGCGGCCAUGGCAGCUUCGUAUCGUGCGGCUCUAAACGCCGCCGCGACUCUCUCCCAACAACAACAACAAAGACGUCAUCAUCCGCAGCAACAACAACCGCCGCAGCCGCCUCCGCCGCAGCAACAGCAACAAACUCACCAUCAUCAUCAUCGUCCUCACGCUCACCCCCAUCACGGUCAACAGCAACCUCAGCAGCAGCAGCAGCAAGCUAGUUCGGUUACGUCGACCUCCUCCGGAACCGAACUGAUUUCUGCUGAUGAAAAAGCAGUCAUAUCAGGUAUUUAUCAGCACUACUUUCGCGCGAUGCGCGCUCACAAUCAUCAGCAUCGGCAGCAGCAACAACCACAGCAGCAAGCGACACAGCAACAUCGAACGACUCAUCAACUUCAUCAUCAACCUCACCAAAGCGACCGAAGUUCCUCCUCGUCAGUGACGCCGACGGCCACGUCGAUCUCUGGCAUUCUACGGCAGACGUAUCAACAGACGUAUAACGCGAGUUCGAAUUCGUCGAGUCAUCUGCGAGCAGCGACGGCCUCGGUUGUCGGGCAUCACCCGUAUAGACGGCCGUCGGCGACGUUACUGUCACGUACAGCGUCACACGUUGGUCAACAGGCUUCUUCCUCAUCUUCCUCGUCCUCUUCUUCCUCCUCGACGUCGAUCGGUGCUUCCAGCGGUGUUUCCUCCAGCGGCGUUUCCAGCGUAUACGCGAGUACGAUACACAGGCAUCACGCGACCUCGCUACACGCCCUCCAGGCAGCCGGUUUUUACGAAACGCCCGGUUAUCAUGCGCUUUUGCCGCAGAGUUAGGUGUCCACCGGCAUCGGCAGCAGCACCAACGUUAACCCGUUCGAGACCGACCCCGUUGCCACCACCGUUCAUUUAUUCACCUAAUCCGGCUGCAAAGCUGUGUGCUCUCUCUUCCCUAUUGUACGACUUAUCUUCCAUACUCGUUAAAGAGCAUACGGGUUGGUCUAAACUCUGCCUAGUACACUCGGGAUACAUCUAUCUCUGCGACGUACACGCUACUUCUAUCUACGUGUAUAUUCCACUGUAUAUACAUGGAUCUGUAUGCAUACGUAUAUACGUCUAUGUACGUAUCGUCGUCGACGCAACGACCGUACGUGCCGUGCUCUUCGUUGUUGGCAGCAGUGUGCGGGUGGCCGGACGAACGGACGAGCAGAAACCCACAGAAUAAACACACGACGCAUACACACCAUCAUCACUACUAUCACCGUCACACACAGAUAUACGUUCGAGCCAGGGACAGAUGGAGGGAAGUACCAGCAACUGAAAUGGUCGUCCGUCUAUACGCAUCGAGCGAUUUCAUCCACCUGCGAUACGUGUACAUUAUGUUCAGGUAUAAAAAUCCAUUUGCUUAGGCCCUUUGUAUUUUUAACCGGCGCACGCUUUCAGACAUAGAGACCAUGAGUUUUCUUCGCGUAAAUUCCUGAAAGUCGGAUGCCUUUCUUCGCCGGGCAAACAUCAUGUACACGCGGUCGUCUCUCGUUGUAUACCACCGCCGUGGCGGCGGCCCUUUCGCUCUUUUUCCCAUCAUCGGCUCUCAAAUACCAGCGGAUCGCGAAUACAUAGAUCGACAAUAGUAUUUUUAAGGUUUACGAUCGAUUCCCUUAUGUAUGUACUUAUAACAUUAGAUAUUUUUUCUAACGAUUUACGCGAUUCAUAGUUGCAACUUUCCUUGCCGAUAUUUUGCCUCUAAGCUUUACAACAUCCUCGCUUCGACCAUCUGUCUUCUCCGCUUACAGAUAUACCCAAACCGGAUCGACAAUCAUCGCAAUCGCAAGUGCCAAAACCCGAACGCAACCUCACGAACGAACGUUACCCAACAGGGUGCAAGCGCAUCUUUGCCAAAUAGACCAUAUGUACAGUACUAGUUUUUCUCGAUUCUGCUUUUCAUUUCGCGAUGCAAGCGCACACAGGAAACGGCGGUGUGCCGCGAUCGCAGUUAUCCUUCUCUAGGGGAACGUCCCUCUCGCCCUUUCUCCACCACGAAUGACUCUGUUCCCCGUCUUUCUCUAGCGUUAUUCGUUCCUCCGCGGCCCUCUCUUUGUCUUUUUCUCCGUCUCUGUCGGUUUCUCGUCGGGAACAUCUCUAGAAACUCGAGGUCCGAGCCGGGGCAGGAUUUCUUCUUUUUUGUCCUGCGCCCUUUUCAAAGAGCGCGCUCAAGGAGAAACGGACGGGGACCGUAUUUCGUUACACGGUAACGAUCGAUCAACGUGACCGCACGACCGCACCGGCGGUACGGGCGAGCCGUGGCGAAGCGAGACGAAGCGAGACGAGGCGAAACGAGACGACGAGUCGGGACGGGUCGGGACGGGACGAACGGGACGGGGACGGCACACGGGACGGGACGGAACGGAUCUGGGCGGUUACGGGACGAGAGGAGAACGAGGGACGCGACCAGACCAGACGCGAAGGGGGCGCGGUCAAGAUGGGGAUCGGCAGAGACGAAACCGAGAGACGGCUCGCACGCAUCGGAGGGAGCAGGAUGCGUCGACUCGUACUCCGAAAACACUGACGACCAUGUGCAUAGGAUAGACGUUAGAUUAACAGUCGCUAAUGCGAACCUGCGCGACUCUGGCUCCUAUAAUUUCCACUCGUCGCGCUUCGCGGAGCCUUGGAAAAAUGACUAAAUGAGGAGAGUUUCGGGGAAAUUAGAUGGAAAGUACCUCCUGCGUUCUACUCGUCGGAUACCGAAAUAAAAACAAAAAAUUAUGAAAGUCACGGAAAGCACUUUGUUACGUUCGAUAACGGGAAACUAUAUAGUUUCUCGAUAGAUCUAAUAAAUCUCGUUUCGUAAAUUUGUGUCUAGCUCUCGCCCUCGAAGUUAUAGCGUGUGGCUGACUUUAACGAUCUGUUUUCCCUACCGUUUUGCGGAAUUCGUUAAACUCCGUUCCUCGAAGGGUGCGCUGACAAGACUGCUCGCGGAGGAACGUUUAUUUUUGUAGGAAAUGCGUACUUUUGUGCGACGUCUCUCCGAAAAGUGAUUCGUGGAAUUGAUUUGAAUAAAACGACGGAGUUAUACAUGAGGAUGGAGGGGAAAGUGCGCAUCGCGUUUCUAACGCGUACUGCGUUUGACGCGACACGUAUAGGGUUCGAUGUAGUUGAAUCAAAUAGACCAGGCGCAAUCGUAGCUUCUUCGUACACAACCGGGUCGAUAGUAAAUACGUUUCCUAGUUAUAGAUCGGCCGCCCGCUCGUCAGAGGGUUAAACUUCAUCCACUGAUAGAUAUUUAUACGACGUGGAAGGAAGGAGGGCAUUAUUGUGCCUCGUUGAAACCCCCGUCGAACUCGUUAUAUAAUGUGACGUCGACAUCAGGUAAUUAGGAAGCGUCGCAAGCAGAAACGUUGGCUAGUGACUUUGAAAAGGUUUCACCGGCUCGUUUGUCGGUUUUCUAGCCGUCUUUUUCGCUCCUCUUCCACGGUCGGGUAGAGAAAAAAAUUCGUCGGAACGUUAUUUUUAAAUUUCACAUUACGUCCACUAAACUAUUCCUCGCGGAGCAUUCCACUUUCGUACGAUCCCUCGUUCCCCAGCAACGGAUUUUCACAACGUUCGUUUCGGCCUUGUAGCAUGUUAAAUCGACAUCGGGUACAAUGGUUCACGCAUCGAAUCCUGAUUCGAAUGUCGUUCCAAAUCGAAACACGGACGCCACGUAGAAAUUUUCAGCUUCGUGUGUGUAGUCACUUCGUUCCUGGUAAAAUUUGUUGGCAGAGACGACCCGGUUGUCGAGAGCAGAGUUCGUUCCUGGCACCACUUACCCUUCGCCUUCCAUCUCGGCCGAGCAUUUCCGCCCCGGUGUUUUUGCUCGUUCAAAGGGAACGAUCCUCUUAGCGGCAAAGUAGAAGGGAAGGCUAAACGGAUACAGGGCCUAAAUAGAGUUACUUGGACUGUGGUCCGACGUAUCGUCGACGGCGGGAGCUUUUCGCGUUACUCUUUCUUCUGCUUCUCUGCAAAUUCCUAUAAAUCAACAAAUCUUGCAACAAAAUUCCAACCAUAUGUUUUAGUUAGUUAAAGUUGAACGAUCUGAUCGAAUAUUUAUAUAGAUAAGUUUCUCAAAUGGCAUUGGAAUAUUGAAACGUUAAACAUCGACAGGUUAGAAAUAGCAUUCCUUUCCCUCCUUCCAUUGAAUUUCUCUAGCUUCUUCGUAAUCUGCCAUCAACCUGUAUAUACAUACAUAACUUCCUCUCGUCUCCUCCUAUUCGUCGUAUGUUUCGUUGUAUGUUCCGUCGUAUGUUCCACCGUUUAUCGUGAACCGCUUACUAUGCAAAGGGUACGCUCGUAGAAUUCGAUUGUCGUCGGUCGGUGUGUCGAAAGAAGAAGAAAAAAAGGGGGCCUCGCGAACGAGCAAGCGAACGAACGAAACUCCGUUGGUCGGGGGGGCAUUGUAGCGUCGCAGCGACGAGACACGGUCGAAUGUCAAGCAGAGUAGCGGCUGAUACGAUCAAGAGUUACGCCUUUAACUUUUCACCUCGCGCAUAUCAAGGAUCGACGCUUAAAAGUGCCUCGCCGUUGAUGAUUACGCGAUUCAUGAGAAACAUAUGCGAGUAAACUUUUGAACGAUGUUUCGUGUGCCAAACGCAUCUUUUUUGUAACGUAUUCUGUCCCUCGUGUGCCUCUGCUGUUCAAUUAUUCCAAAAUAUUUACAUACUUCUGCCGAACGCUUGUACAAACUUUUCUUUCCGUGUCAGUAUUACAUUUAUAUCAUCGUACCCCAGGUGAAUUCACCGUUUACAUCGAUCAAGUAUUAUCGUUAUUACUAUCUGAGAAAAAAACCUAGGAACAUUACGUAAGGGGAACGUCGAACGACUUUCCGGGCUGCGCGCAUCUUCUAGGGGAGAUAACGCGAUAGAGGCGCUCCUCUUCUCUCCCAGUUGUUGAAAGUUGCCAUCAGCUCGAUCUCUCUAGAUACGCGUGCACAACGUGCAUCACCAGUUGCCCCCUUUUUUUUUUUUGUGUUCGAUUUCACGAUUCUCCACUUCUCACGGAACACACGGUUAUUCGUGGUUCUGUGGUGGCGAAAUCUCUUUCCGUUCCACUGAAAUUUCAUCCUCGGUCUCUCUAUUCUACCGUGUUGCGUUCAAUUAGGUUAGGAACGUUGCGAUCGAAGAUAUAUUUUCAAAGAGCAUCGUGCGUCCGCUGGUUCUACGUUAUAAAGAGCGAAUGUGAACGUACCCACCGAGACAGCCAGAGUACACACAAUCCCACACAACUCAACACAACGCGACACGUGUGUAACUCGAAGGAAAUAAUACACGGCAUGUGCGGUCGUUCCGGUAAUUUUUUUAUUUAACGUUGCAUUCAGUGAAUGCAUUUGUACACCGAACCGAUUAUUUUCUCCGUUCAGCGUUCCUUUACCCCUUUUCCUUCUCGUUUUUUCUUUUGUUUCUCUCUCUUAUUUCUCCGUUUCCCUUUUACUUUUUCUUUUUCUUUCGAUCGAUCCGCAGAAACAGUCUUCUUCUUCGGUUGUUUAUCGCGUUUGUAGUCGGCGAGAACAAGGCAUAUAUUUACUCUGUAAUAAAACGUGCUUCCUCCGUAAGCGGGUACGAGAAAAAGAAAAAAAAGUCUGGCAUCAAAUAUUUUGUCCUACGUCGCGCGUAACGAACUAUACGUAAAAUAUACGGUCAAGCUUAUUCUCGAGAUACGUGUGCAUCGCGUCGUUUGAUGGAGAGAGAGAGAGAGAAAGAAAGAAUGAAAGAGAAAGAUGAAAAGAAGCGAAAGAAAUGAAAGAAAAAUAGAGAAUCUGUGCUCGAACGUGCCUCGCCCUCCACUAUAUACGAACGUACUUUUGUGCGUAUACAGUAGACGCGCACCGGAUAAAAGCUCGAUUCACGUUCGACGGACAACAAGGAAAGAGGAAACGAGAAAAAGAGGCCCGUUAAAGAUAAGAGAGCUCAAAGUAUGCCACUUUCGAUGGCGAGGGGCCCCGACGGGUUCCUGUUCCCAACGAGAAAAAGAGUAUUCAUCAGCCGUUCGAAAUUAAAUUAAAUUGCCAGUAGAUUUUCGCAAGACAGCAGACGAGGGACACAAAGUGGUAUAUACUCCUCCUGGUUGUCCGUUCACCGUGAAUCAGCCACGAAGAAUGGCGUGGCGCGGCGCGGCUUAAACGCGUGCGUACACCUUCUCAAAAAACAUAGUUCACUACUAUUAACUCGGCCUUAAACAAAAUGACGUAAACUGCCUCAAAUAAUUAAUAUAUUAAACGAGCUAGCGCCCUCACUUACACUUCGACUGAAUGAAUAACGAAACGCCUAAUCCUGUGUAUAAUUAUGUAGUAUUAAAGAAAAAGGGGAUCGCGGCUGAGAUAAGUUGCUCGAUCGCCGCAUCCAGCGAGUAGAGUUACGCGAUCACGAGUCCGGCGGCAGAGAAAAACGAGCGAAACGAAGAAGAACGGGGGAUAUAUAGAUAACGAUCGAUCGGAAAGAGCGCGUAUAACGUGUGCGUUCAGCGAGAUGAAGGAGAAAGACGAAGAGAGAAAAAGAAGGGCGCUGUGUGUAGCGCUUUCUUAAACGGAAACUAUUCGCGCAUUGCGAGCGAGCGUGUGUAUAAUAUAAUGUGAGAGCGGAUAGAUCGCAGAGGACAACUUAGAGAAAUGUAUCGAUCCAAUCCGGUGACGUUGUCCUCAUUGAUCGUGAUUUAUCGAAAGAAAGGAAAAUCAUUUUUUUCCGUUCUUCACUGUGAACCGAUAGCAGCAUAUGUGAACGAACACGCAGACAGACAGACACACACACACGCACGCACGCACGCACACACACACACACACAUCCCAUGUAUAUGAUACCUGAGCAAAGGGAAGAGGAAAAAGAAUAGGAAAAGAGAAUGUAGAAGGGCAGGAGAGGGGUACAGCAGAUCGACGAGGCUGCUACGAAACAAACGACGAGAUCUCGUUGUUGUCGCGGACGAGAUGAUUCAGAUAAGCGAGGAGACCACUCGAAGGUAGACAUGGUUAACGAAAAAGGACAUAGGAAAACGCGACCAAAAGAGACAUUUUGGUAAGACACGACGAGAUUGAAACAAAGGUAGGGAAAGAAGCGAAACGACGAAAUAGAGACGAGAAAAAUUUGAUUGGGAAAAUCAAAAUCAUCAUCGAUGUCCUCUCGGCUCCAUCUUUUAGAAACUGACAAUGACUACGGAGACGAUGACGAUUACGAUGACAAUGACGAUGACGGGAUGACUGGGUGUUUCGAAGGACGGUAGUUCUUCCGUUCAUGCAUUAUACGGGCUUGAAGAAUAUACACGACAAUAAGGAUCGUAGCCGGUCGAACACGAUCCAUACCCCGCGAGAGUUAAUCGAGAAACCGACGAACUCCUACGGCUUUUAUGGCUCCGCUCGUAAAGAUAUACCCAAGGCUUUUUCUGUGGAACUCUGGACCCCUCCGAACACCCGGUCCAGGAACACUGGGGCAGAAACGACGACGGAGCGUGUAGAUGGACGGGUGAACGAGCGAAUGAACGAGCGAGCGAGCGAGCGAGCUAGCGAGCGACCGGCUGGUUGGCCAGCCGAGACCCCGAAUUACAAUGUGCGCUCCUCGUGCGGGCCUCACCGUGGGUGGACUACCUUCUCGGCUCUACGUGAAUUUUUCUUAAAUCGUCUACCCCUCUCUCGAUGAAUGAUCUCUCUCUCCGACCAGGCCCAGAUCUUAGCCUUCGAGCAGGAACAGAGAGAGGUAGAGAGGACUGUGUGCUGUCAGCCGGCGAAUGAAAAGCACUUAAGAAGCUGCGCGGUAUGCAUCUAACAAUGACCCUACCCACCUCUGACGCACGAAUUGUUCCUAUAUCAGAGUACACCAGCUGAUUCGGCAAAUAUAACGUGCGCUAUUUUACGCUAUUCUUUGUACGCGCUUCAGCGCGUACCCGGUUUAUAUACGGGGGCACGGCUCGAUCUCAGCCGAGCACGCCACUCCUUCCUUACCCCUAUAAUUCGCUUCGAGUUACCGAAUCUUUUUCAAUCUCGAUCCAUCCAUCCUGCGAUACUCUUUCUUUUUCUCCAUCCUAUUCUACGAUACGUUCUAUCUCGUCUCUUUGUGAAUUUUUUGCACUCGCGAAUUCUCGAUAUUUCGAUCGCGUCGUUACAGCAAAAGCAAUAUCGUCGUCUCUGCAACCGAAUCGCUCGAAUCUCUCUGGUAUAUACGGUGGAGUUGUGUCGAAAACAUAGUCGUGCCAGGGGGUUGCUGCGGUCUUGCGAUAGUUGAACUCGAGGGGAGAUAGCGGCAUAAGCGAUAGAUAGACCAUAACGCGCGCAAGAAAGAAAGAAUCAGAGGGUGGAGAGUCUCGAUCCUGGAAUGAGCACCGCGUGGCCAUAAAGAGGAGAGACACACGUCCAUGUGUCACGGACGUCAGGAUAUUAUAGGUUACUCUGUCUAUCUAUGGAUAGUUCGAACGAUUCGAAACGAUGGACCACGCCCUCAGUCUGCCAUCUCCGCUUCGACGAACUCUCCACGAUCGAUCCUUUACUCGCGACAAGCUGGCAAAAAUUACCACCGCAAAAGUCGAGCACGAAACGGGACAACUGAAUACGCCCCUGGAGCGACCCGAGGCCUGCCUCUCCGGCCAAUCGAUACCAUACCGUGUGCCUCUUCCGUUUGACAGCCUCCGCGACGUUUCUCCCUGUUAUUUCUCUCUUCCUUUUCCUAUUUUUACUACCUAUAGCUUCUUCCUCUAUCCUUCUUUUUCAUCUUCAAGAACCGACAUUUUUCCUUCCCCCCUUCGAUUUUAAAGAAGGACGAAGGAAUGGGUUUCUGUCAAAUAGACAGCCGUGUCGCACUGGUUCGAUCGCAUUCCUUCGAAUGAAAAAAAAAAAAAAAAAGGAGAGAAAGAAAGGAAGAAAUGGCUCUCUUUAUCGCGAUACGGCUCAUCGACGUGGCGAACGAUCGAUUUGCAGGAGACAAAGUCUUUCUCUUUGCGCGGCCACGGUUGGACCCCACGUGCCGUUUGUUCGCUUCCUACGUUUCUCCGACUGUUUGCACCAAAAGCGUGUAACUUAACGAGCGAUUGUUCUCCUUCUAGUUCCUUGAUUUCGUGAUUAAUCGAAAGUUUCUGAUCGCUGAAGCCACUACCUACCGCGUGUCUGUUGGCUGGAGCGUUCGUUAGAGCGGCGUGUGUGCGCGUGUAUGUUUACUUUGCUCGAUCGUUCGUUAAAAUUCGAGCCGAAGCGCCUGUUAUUUCUUCCCGUCAUGGUGUUGUGUGUUGGACUUUGGAGAGCUUUUACGAGGAACAGAAAGAGAGAGAGAGAGAGAGAGAGAGAGAAUGCAUGAGUGUGAGUAAAAUGUUUAUAUGUGCGCACUGAGCGUCUACCUUUUGCUAAACGCGCCACGUGUGUCGCCUUGUUUAUCCAUCGCCGCCAUUGCCGUCGUAGACGCGCUCGGCGUUUGACGAUCCUCUGCUCGGUUCUCGAACGACUACGGGAUCUUCGUUUUCUGGGGGGUAAAGCUAGCUAACCAACUACUACUGUAUUAUCAGUAAAAAGAAAAUGAAAAAAAAAAACAGAACAUACCUACGCAUUUAAGAUAAUGUACAAGUCUCUAGUGUGAUACAUUUCUACGCUUAUUCUCUUAACUGUAGUCAUGAAGUCUAAAGUAACGAUACCUCGUUGUGGUUUGUAACGCGGACUAAAAAGUAAAAAAAAUAAAAAUAAAAA